AUGGCAAUAGAAGGGCAGCAGGAGCCAGUGCCGAAAAGCAGAGACAAAGCUCAGCUUAGAGGAAAAGGAUUUAAAGAGGAACUGAUGGAGGUCAAAGUGGACAUGCAAUCUGAAGAUCUGAGUUUCACCCAAGGUGACACCAGCCAGGUUCUGAUUCAAGACAGGGAUCCCAGAGGAAUCAACAAGAAUCUGAAGGUCACGUUUGAGGAUGUGAUUGCAGAGCCUCCCUCAGUGCGGAGCUUUGAUAAAGUGUGGCUGUGGAGUCACGCCCUGUUUGAGGUAGCCAGGUUGUGGUGCUACCGCUUCAUCUCCCUCCUGCUGGCAGUGCCGCUCUCACUGGCUGCAGGGCUCCUGUUCGCUGUGCUCAGCUGUCUCCACAUCUGGUUGAUCAUGCCCUGUGUUCAGCUCCUUCUUAUUAACAUGCACUGGAUCAGGACCGUAUGGAGCAGCAUACUGAACAUUCUCAUCAGCCCCUACUUUAGCAGUAUUGGAAAGUGCUGCAGCCAAAUUACCAUCCAUCUGGAAAGACAUUGAGACACAGAAAAACACACAAUGUGAAAAUGUUUGGUCAACACAAAUGGAGGAGAGAAAGAGCAAGUGGUAACAGAUUGCAUACUAAUUCCUUGUAUUAAUUAUAUUUAUACCAUUAACAUCAGUGGUUAUU